AUGCCGCUCGUCCGUAAAACCUUUUGGGUGAUAGUCCUGACCCUUGGCGCAGGGAAUAAUGAGGUUGACCGAUACCGUUGGGCCAAGGAGUCUAUUUCUAAGGGAGAAUAUGCCGUUUUUACCUUCGAGCCUCCGCACACCGAUAACUGGCUUGUGUUCGAGGUACCCACCUCACAGGACUCAACAUUUUCCCAAUCGUCUGCCAAGUUCGUGUUCGGAAUGCUGAUAAUGCUCCUCAAGCCAGAUAUCAGAGCUUCUUUUGGAUUGAACUUUUCCGCCAUCAAUGGGCAUCCCACGUUCAAUUCUGAUGGCAGCCGGACGAGCUGUGGCAUGUCGAUGAUCCUGCCAGACAACGAGGAACUCAAGAUUACCAAGACUGACGUCUUUCAAGUCGAUCUCCCCUACGCCGGUGGUGUCUAUCGCCUGUCUGGCGGCCGCGAAUACAACAGCUUCGACGCAACCAUCGUGCGCAUAACCACACACGACGGGAUUGAAGGAUGGGGAGAGAUUACACCUUUUGGCUCGACCUACGUGGCCUCGCACCCGCUGGGCGUCCGCACCGCCAUCGCUCACAUGGCUCCCAGCCUUAUUGGUCUGGAUCCCCGACGGGUCGAUCGCAUCAACGAAACGAUGGAUUCCAUUUUGCUGGGCCACGAGGACGCCAAAACGGCCCUCGACAUUGCAUGCUGGGAUGUUUUCGGCAAGUCCAUCAAGAUCGACGGCGAUCCGGCCGCGGAUGCAGCGCGCAUUGCCGCCUCGCUGGCAGACAAACAACCAGGCGAGUUCUUCCUGGUGGAUGCCAAUGAUGGGCUGCGUGUCGAGACCGCCCUGACCGACGUGCCCAUUAUUUUCGACGAGCUGGCGACCAACGAGGCGUCUGCUGUGCAGCUGAUCGCCGACGACGCCGCCGAGGGAAUCGGCCUGAAGAUCUCCAAGGCUGGCGGUCUCACACGAGGCCGCCGGCAGCGUGAUAUCUGCCUGGCCGCCGGCUAUACAGUUAGCGUGCAGGAUACAACGGGUUCAGAUAUCACCUUUGCCGCCAUUGUACAUCUUAGCCAGACCAUUCCGGAUCGCAAUCUGCGCUGCGUGCUUGAGAGCCGUGACAUGGUGGCCAAGAAGACAGCAGAUGCGGACUUCACCGUUCAAGACGGCCCACGCUGCACUACUUGGAUAUUGGUAGUCUGGGUCGCGGAGAAGUCGUUCGGUGAGACCACGAUCCCAGCGCUCUUCAUCGAGGAAUAUGCUUACCUCGCCGGACUCAGAUUGUUUCUUAAGGAUGCCGGGGUCGAUUUCCAUGAUGUGCGAUAUCCGUUCGAUAGUACCUGGCCCACCAAGAGCGCAGAGCUCAAGGAACGGGGCUUGUCAGUGACGGGGCAGGUGCCCGUGCUGGAGUAUGAAGGAAAAAUCUUCAGCCAGCACCUCCCCAUCCUUCGAUACCUGGCCAGGGAGCUGGGCGGGUACGAUGGGGAUACCAGUUUCGAGAAAUAUUGUGUGGAUUUGGUCGCUGACAUCUACAACGACUGGAGGGCCCAAUGGGUGAAGAAUCUCGGCAAUGUCACGGACGAGUUCAAGCAAGACUUUGUGCCGAACUACUACAAGAUCAUCGGGCAACUCUAUGCCGAGCAGGAUGGCCCAUAUCUUCUCGGCCCGAAAGUCACUUAUGCAGAUUUUGCCAUCUAUCAAUCUAUCAACAACGACAUGCAGACUGGCACACUACCCCCCUCCUUGCCAGAAUCUCUCGUCAAGUUUCGGGAAUCCUUCGAAGGCCGUCCCAGAGUUGCCGAUUAUAUCUCCAGCCGCGCAUGA